AUGGAUGGUAAUCCUUUGAGCAAACAUAAUUUUCUCAAAACCAUGAACUGGUACGUGAAUUGCCGGCACAGCAGCCAACAUCAGAGGCGGAGACAACUUAAUUACCAUGCAUCGGUCUUUGUUUAUGGCUGUCUCUUGCUGCUCGGCAGCAUCUGUGGCUCUGGCGCCCAUUUUCACAAGUGGAAUAUUUUGCAAAAGAGCUUUCGGUUUAUGCAGGAGACAAUGCUAAGGAGCAGCUUAGAACGCGCUAAUCUAAACUACGGUAUUGUGUUUGAAUGCCGAACCAUCUCCGAUAAGGAUCUUGGUGAUGAAGUACAUUUUCAUUUGCAACUCGGGGACUUGAGUGGAUUCCGUCGCCUGGAUGCAAAAAAGAAGCUUGCGUUAUUUCUACACGGCUGGAAUGAUCAGGGUAGCAAAUAUUGGGUGCAGGAAUUGUUAUUGACUUGGACGCUUUUCGAUGAUGGUUACAAUGUGUGUGUGGUAGAUUGGGGAAAUCUGUCACAGAACGACUAUAAAAGCGCCUCGAUGUCUAUAUUUGACGUUGGCCUGACUGUGGCUGGUAUAAUUAUAGCCUUAGAGGAAAUGCGACCACGUCAUUUCAAUCGUCGCAACGUCACUCUGGCCGGCUACAGCUUGGGUGCACAUGCAGCUGGAUAUGCGGGAGCCGUUCUAGAUGGCAAGGUUGAACAAAUUAUUGGACUUGACCCGGCCGGACCACUUUUUACACUGCCAGCGGCAGUUGCCCCGAAGUAUCGACUGGACCAAUCGGACGCACAGUUCGUACAGGUGUUGCACACCUCAGGCGGCACCUUAGGCACCGAUUUAAAAUGUGGACACGCUGAUUUCUACCCAAACGGUGGACGAGCCCCACAACGCAACUGUUUGAAGUUUAUUAAUCUGCGCGAAAUGCAGAACACAAAUCCUAUUGCCUGCAGUCACUCAGCGGCUGCCAUUUUUUUCAGACAGUCAAUGGAUCCUCAGUAUCCGUUUGUCGGAUAUCAAUGCUCCAGCUAUCGUGAGUUCGCAGCUGGCCGUUGCGACAACAAUCGUCGCGCUCAAUUUGGGAUUCAUUCGCAUCGAAAAUCAAGGGGAAGCUUCUACUUUGACACCACCUUUAGUCAUCCUUAUGUAGAGCGUCAGCGCUGGAAUUGUCAGCGAAGGUGGAACUGGAAGAAAGAUCGGAAGUAUUCUGUCAAGGAGCAAAGUUCUCUAGAAAUGCAGGCUAUCACUUCAACAAACAUAGCAGGAGACCUUCAACGUCGCUUAUGGAUGCGUAUGCUUGGUCGAGAACGCAAUCGUUGUCGCUUCAAAUAGAAGAAGUUGAACA